AUGCCGCCGUCACCUCCUGCCCAUCUGAAGACUGUUGCCACAGCUAUGCAAUCAACUCCCUACAGCAUGCACGAAUCACAGGAAUAUCCAACCUUACCGAUUUCAACUGCUACAGGGGGCAAUUUCUUCCCUAACCAACUGCAUCAGCUCGAGUUUGAAGUCAAUUCGUUUCUUCCCGGUGGUUAUAAUGGGAAUAACGCUCACUACAGUCCCGAGAUUUAUGAGUUUGGGUUCCCAACCUCAUAUGAUUGUUAUGGAUCAUAUACGGGCUCUUCCUCUCUCACCACGGACACAGAGAAAGAGAAGGAGACAGAAGUCAGAAUGGUAAAGGGAAAUCCAAAGAAAGCCCGGACGCCUAGAACAAUCUACUCCAGCCUGCAGCUGUGUGUGCUCCAGAGCAGAUUCCGAAUUAGGCAGUAUCUGGCGCUACCUGAACGCGCGGAGAUCGCCGCGUCACUGGGACUCACACAAACACAGGUGAAGAUCUGGUUCCAGAACCGUCGCUCCAAGUUGAAGAAGCUGUGGAGAAACGGGCAGAUGCCACCAGGACAGCAGGAGACCCCCUGUGACUCCACUCGGUCCAGCAGCUCUCCUCGACCAACAGCGGUGCACUGGGGCCCCCAGAAUCACAGGAUUACAGAGAUAAGCAAAGACUGA